AGUGCUCCAGCCUAUCAAGAUCACUCUGAAUUUUGUUUCUGUCUUCCACAGGAUUAGCCAUCCCACCCAAUUUUGUUUCAUCUACAGAUCUGAUCAGCAUUCCUUAUCCAGUCAUUGGUACAAAUGUUGAAGAUCACUGGGCCCAGGACUGAGCCCCUCUCCCCAGUUUGAGAAGGUGCCACUUUGAGAUGAGCACCUUCUGAGUCGGAUUCUGUGGCCAACUGUAGAUCCACCUGCUUGUUCUGUCUAGCUCACUUUAGCUAGUCUUCUGAUCAGAAUGCACUUUCUUGAAAACUUUGCUGAAGUCAAGAUAGAUUAUGCCCACAGCAUUCCUGCCAUCCACAAGGAAGGUUAUUAGAUCAAAACAUGAGGUCAGAUUAGUCUGUCCGGUUUUGUUCUUGAGAAAUCCGUGCUGCCUUAUAGUAAUUACUGCAUUGUUUCAAAGGCACACUUUUGCCUUUCCUGUUCAGGUGUUGGGGACGCCAGGCAACAACCUCCAUGAGGUGGAGACGCCUGAGGGGACUCGGUUUCUCGUGAGCAUGCCCACAAAAUUCCGCAAGAAUAUUUGGAUCAAGAGAGGUGACUUUCUGCUUGUAGACCCCAUAGAGGAAGGAGAGAAAGUAAAAGCAGAGAUCAGUUUUGUCCUUUAUAAAGACCAUGUUCACCAUCUGAAAAAGGAAGGAUAUUGGCCUGAAGCCUUCGUGGGGGACGUGACAGGACCUCACAGCAAUACUAAAGAGAGCAGGGAAGGGGCAGGGAGCCCAACUCAUUCUGCUGCAGAGGAAGACUCCGAUGACGACAGAGACUUGUUUGUGAACACAAACCGGAUAAAUUACGAUUACAUGGAGAGCGAGGACAGCAGCACCUCAGAAGAGGAAGAGAAGUAACACAAGGAGCUGACUGAAACUUGGGAUUUGGAGGGAAGGGCCUCCACCCGCCACGUUUUCCUGCUGGUAUGGACAAGCUGCCGCCCCCUUUGUGGUUCCUACAAGGAGGCCAAGCCGUGCUUGAGCAGUUGGCACAGCUGUUGCAGGCAAGGAGCCCAGCCUUUCAGCAGCCAAGGCGAUUGUUUUGAAGAGAGCUGUGACCUCGCCUGGGCUGCUGCCGCUUGUACUCUGCUCUGCUUCCCCAAACUUUUUGCCUUAUGUAAUAAAAAUGUGCUCCAAACCGA